GUCGGGCGCCCCCUGCAGGCUGUCCCGGGCGGAGUCCGAACGCAGAUGUCGUGCACCUGGGCAGCCCCCAGGGAGCGCUCUGUGCCAUGACCGUGGCAGGUGUGAGUGUGGAGUCUGCAUCUGUCACGUGACUGAACCUGGCACCUACUUCGGGCUACUGUGUGAGUGCCAUGAGUGGGUGUGCGAGACCUACGACGGGAAAACCUGUGCAGGCCACGGUACUUGUGACUGCGGCAAGUGCAAGUGUGAUGUGGGAUGGACUGGGGAAGCUUGCCAGUAUCCAACCAAGUGUGACCUGACCAAAAAAAUCAGCAACCAGAUGUGCAGAAAUUCUCAGGAUGUCAUCUGCUCCAAUGCAGGUACAUGCCACUGUGGCAGGUGUAAGUGUGAUAAUUCAGGUGGACAUGGACUCAUUUAUGGUAAAUUUUGUGAGUGUGAUGAUAGAGAAUGCAUAGAUGAUGAAACAGAUGAAGUCUGUGGAGGCCAUGGGAAGUGUUACUGUGGAAACUGUUACUGCGAGGCUGGUUGGCAUGGAGAUAAAUGCGAGUUCCAGUGUGACAUCACCCCCUGGGAAAGCAAGCGAAGAUGCACAUCUCCAGAUGGCAAAGUCUGUAGCAACAGAGGAACAUGUGUAUGUGGUGAAUGUUCUUGUCAUGAUGUUGAUCCGACUGGGGACUGGGGAGACAUUCAUGGGGACACGUGCGAGUGUGAUGAAAGGGACUGCAGAGCUGUUUAUGAUCGAUACUCUGAUGAUUUCUGUUCAGGUCACGGGCAGUGUAACUGUGGAAGAUGUGACUGCAGAGCAGGCUGGUACGGGAAGAAAUGUGAGCAUCCAAGGAACUGUCCAUUGUCAGCUGAGGAGAGCGCCAAGAAGUGCCAGGGUAGCUCCGAUCUUCCUUGCUCUGGAAGGGGCAGAUGCGAAUGUGGCAGAUGCACUUGUUACCCUCCCGGGGACAGCAGAGUAUAUGGCAAGACCUGUGAGUGUGAUGACCGGCGCUGUGAAGACCUGGACGGUGUGGUCUGCGGAGGCCAUGGCACGUGCUCCUGUGGUCAUUGUGUUUGUGAAAAAGGAUGGUUUGGUAAGCUCUGCCAACACCUGCGGAAGUGUAAUAUGACCGAAGAACAAAGCAGGAGUCUGUGUGAGUCAGCAGAUGGAACAUUGUGCUCAGGGAAGGGUUCUUGUCAUUGUGGAAAGUGCAUUUGUUCUGGAGAAGAGUGGUAUAUUUCAGGGGAGUUUUGUGACUGUGAUGACAGGGACUGUGACAAACACGACGGUCUCAUUUGCACAGGAAAUGGAAUCUGUAGCUGUGGAAACUGUGAAUGCUGGGAUGGAUGGAAUGGAAAUGCUUGUGAAAUCUGGCUUGGUACUGAAUAUCCUUAAUGAUCCUAGGGGAGACAACUGGAUUCUUAUUUCUAGGCAAUUUUAGAAAUUCAGAGGAAAGCAUGUUACACAGCACUAGGACAGACUUUUGUGUAUUUUUCUAUUUCUGACUGCCCAAGUGAAGCAUGUGUCUUCAAUAGAAAUGACUUUAGCAAACUGAUGUAAGUUACACCAUAAAGAAUUGUUCUCCCAUAAUUAACAUUAGUGUUUCUCAAUUGAAGAGGGCAAUUUUGCAACCCACAAGAUAUUUGGCAAUGUCUACAAAAAAUUUGGUGGUCAGACUUGGCAGGUAGGAGUAUUUGUGUUAUGGAAAUAUUAGAGGUAGUGGCCACAGACAAUGCUGAACACCCUACAAAACAUAGAAAGGCUCUUACAACAAAGUAUUUUCUGACAUCCAAUGUUUACCAAGAUGUAGUAGAAAAAUGCUAAAUCACAUGGUAUUUAGUACUCCACAUGCCAACACCAGAAAUACUGUAUCAGAAUAUAAGGGUAAUAUUUAUUCUCACAUAAACCAACCAGUCAGAUUUUCCAGGAUUCCAUAUGACUCUGAAUUUGUAUAUGAGAUGAUAAUGACAGACACAUACCAGGUAUGAUGAUGGGCUGGGGGCUUAUCAGGUCAUAAGGGCUACAAACUCCCAAGACACUCAUACAGUAAGAAAUGAAAAAUGCAUAAUUUGACAUUUUAAUAAAUAAUGACAUAAGUUGUUUA